AUGGAUGAAAAAGGUCUUCGUAUCUCUGCUAAGCAGAAGAAAAGAAAACUAGAAGGUCGUGAAAGCAAGGAAAGGCUACAAUGUGAAUUCAUCAUAAAGAAGAAGAAUAGAAGAUGCCCAUUGACCAGGAAGUCAGAUACGCUGUACUGUGCAGAGCACCUGAAACAAAGAGGUGAUAGUGAUCUGAGAGUGCCAUGCCCUAUAGAUCCAAGACAUAGUGUCUGGACCUCUGAAUUGAAAAGCCAUUUGAAGAAAUGUACCAAGCUGAAAGAACAGGCACUGGAAGAUCCUUGGUUCAAGAAGGAUUACAACUGUUGUGAAGCCUCAGAUGGAAAAGUGGAAGAAUUUAAAGAGAACUACAGAUAUUGGAUCGAAUUGGUAAACCGAGUGGUUGAUGCCUACGAGCCUCUGAAGUUGGAGCAAGAUGAACAUGAGGGCGUGGAAGAAAGAAUGAACGAGAAGCAGAACCAGAAGCAUGCUAUUCAGCAGUCAAGUCUUAUUUCACAAUUGGAUAAGAAUAAACUCUUAUCCAAAGAUAUAGACUAUAUAGAAUUCGGAUGUGGUCGUGCGGAGCUGUCCAGGUAUCUGUUACAAAGCGUGAUUCAUAAGGAUGGUCAACCUACUGGGUUCAUACUGAUAGAUAGAUCACCAACCAGGAUGAAGCUCGAUUCUAAAAUGGCCAAGGACUGCGAAGACCGUUCAUUAGCUGCACCAAAUAUCUUUAGAGCUAAGAUAGACAUCAAGGAUCUAUACAUUGACCAGAUCAUCUCAACCGAAUUCCCGGAUUCCAAAGGAUUUGUUGCAGUGUCGAAGCACCUAUGUGGAGCUGCGACUGAUUUGACCAUUCAAUGUAUACUAAAUAACAACCAGUUGAGAGACAAGUUCCAAGGGAUGAUCAUUGCAAUGUGUUGCAGACACUGCUGUAAUUAUUCACAGCUUCAUCCCUUGUCCAAGGGGUAUCUUCUUUCAAGGGGAAUUGACCAAGUUGGAUUUAAACAUCUGAUGAAGUUUGCCAGCUGGGCAGUCAACGGUCGCAGACCUGAAAUGGCAUCUAAUGACGGUGCAGAUCAUCCAAGUGGGUUAACCAUUGGAGAGCGAGAACAAUUGGGGCUAAGAGCAAGAAGAAUCAUCGACGAAUCUAGAAGAUACGUUCUACAAUCUUCAGGGUUUACAGUGAAAUUGUGCCAUUACGUUACCUCUGAUGUAUCAUUAGAAAACACGUGUAUGGUUGUAACCAAGCUAUAA